UUUUUUUUUUUUUUUUUUUUUUUCCCACAACAACAAGGAAGGUAAGCUGCUGCAGCCCAACCAACGUUUGUCUAUCACUCGGACGUGGUUGUCUCAUAUAUAUCUCGUCCCCUUGCCCCCGUGUCACUAGGGUAACCUGUCUCCUCUCUCCUUGGUGUUGCGAAUCGUGUACUCCGUAUAGUGUCGUGUUUUGUAACUUGGUAGUACCUUGCGUAACCUUUUGCACAACAACCACUUUCUGUUCAUUCUUUCUUCUAUUUCUUCCCGAUCCUCUCUCUCUCACUCUCUUUCUUCAUAAUCCUUUAAACUGUUCUCAAGCUGUUCCUCGGACAUAUUCCUGACAUCGCAGUGAUUCAUCAUGUCAGAUAGCCACACGGCGUUGGAGAAGGAUGUCGGCGUCGCGUCCGAGUCGACGGCCAACGGCAUUGGCAUCUCUCCCACCAACAAUACCAAUAACGGGACCGCCUCUCCGAUGACCACGGAGGAGCACGAGGUUGCUCGUGCCGCAGCGCGCUUUGGGUACGGCCCGUUGGCGCAAGUCAAAACCUCUGACGCUCCGCUGCGGCCCUUUGGUGGUGAAUUCCAGCCCGGUCUGUAUAAGUCGGUUGAGAACCGCAAGUUCGCCAACCCGGCACCCCUGGGGCUGUCGGCUUUCGCCCUCACCACCUUUGUGCUGAGCUGCAUCAACAUGGGCGCCCGCAACAUCUCGGAGCCUAACAUUGUUGUCGCUCUGGCUUUUGGGUAUGGUGGUCUCGUCCAGCUACUUGCCGGCAUGUGGGAGAUGGCUAUCGGAAACACAUUUGGUGCCACUGCGCUUUCCUCCUAUGGAGGCUUCUGGCUGGCAGUCGGCAUCGUCCUCACUCCCGGUGGUUUCGAGAUCGUGUCGACCCUCGAAGACGCCGGCGGGAACAUGUUCGUCCACUCGUUUGGUCUUAUGCUGAUGGGCUGGUUCAUCUUCACCACGAUCCUCCUCUUCUGCACCCUCAAGUCGACGGUAGCAUUCUUCACCCUCUUCUUCACCCUGGAUCUGGCCUUCCUCCUGCUCGGAAUCGGAUAUCUGAACCCCAACUCCGCGGGUUCCCCGAACCCACCCGUGAUCAAGGCCGGCGGGUUUUUCGGCCUCCUUGCCGCCUUCCUAGCAUGGUACAAUGCCCUCGCUGGUAUCGCCGAUACUAGCAACAGCUUCUUCAUCAUCCCUGUCGCGCACUUCCCCUGGUCGCCGACGGGCAUCUCACGCCGUAAAUCCGAGCGCGAGAUGGCAUAGUUCACAUAUGAUAGUUGGAUUUCACCAUUGAUGGGAAUGAUACGGAUGGGUAUGAAUGUGUUUUUUUUUCCGUUGUGUUAAUACUGGAGAAUCGCUGAGGGAAGAUAUUGCUCUUGCCGGCAGGCUGCCGUAUGAUAGCUGUAUUU